AAACUCAUUCAUGGAGUUAACCUACUCGUUUCUAAAUGAACAUUUUAACGUAUUUUAUGUGAGUUUUGUCUCGUGUCUUAGUCUCCUCUUGUAGAUAGGUACGGUCUCCAUCAUGUGGGACCAUGAAAUCAGAGCCAUGGCGUCCACUCACGCCAUCAUCGCCGCCUCGGUGUUCAUGGCCACCGUUCUACCUGCGGUGCUCGUGCCCGGCUUCUCGGUGUACGGCACGCACCUGCUGUGGCUCUACUCGGCGUCCGGUGCGGUCACUGUAGUCAGCGUCGCAGUCUUCUGGCUGCUCGGCAUCACACCGCCCACCAAGAAGCACACACUGGGAUACAAGCUGUCCAGGUUGUUUCGUUCCUGUCUGUACUUUUUCCUGUCAUGCCUGUUCUUCCACACUGUGGUGGUUCUCUAUGGAGCUCCGCUGAUUGAAUCCGCCUUGGAGACAUUUUCCCUAGCUGUGCUUCUGACCACUCUAACCACACUGAGGUGUCUCUGUGUCCUCGGCCCCAACGUCCAGGCCUGGAUACGAGUGUUCAGUCGGCAUGGAGCUAUGUCUGUGUGGGACACCUGUCUACAGAUUACGGUGGCCUGCACAGUGGUAGGAGCCUGGGUGGGAGCCUUCCCUAUACCUCUGGACUGGGACAGGCCUUGGCAGGUUUGGCCCAUUUCCUGCAGUCUGGGCGCUAUGAUUGGCUUCCUGACUGGGCUUGUUGCUGCUCCCGCGUGGAUCCACUAUCAUCGCAAACAGCUCACAUACAAGUGCAAGUGAUGGACAGACAUAUGUUUGUGUGAAUGUGACCAUGAGGGUAUUUCUUGUGUUCCUGCUGUAUACCUUUAACACCGUGCUGAUUAUUUAUUGGGAAGAUUCACUCCAUUUGCUACGUGUAGGAAAGAUGAUUUUGUAAUAACACACUUGAUGAGCAACAUUAUUUUGUACGCAUGGAGGCUGAAUAUGUUUCUGAAGAUUUUUGACAUGAAUAAAGCAUUAUUUCUUGGA